UUGAAACCCUUUAACAUUUGUCAUUCUCAUUGCAUAAGCCAAAUCCACUUCUUAUCUUUGAUAAUGGAGUAGUUGCAAAUUCUUUUCAUUUUGGGCACAUUCAACAUACAUAAUAUUUAUUUAAUCAAUUAAAUUAGUUAUAGUCGUAUCGAUAAUGGUAUUUAUGCAAACCGUAAGAUCACCAAACACGAAAAACAAGCAAAAAAGAUGGAUUCUCCUUCCUUCCACAAACUCAAAAAGCAAGCUUCUUUCUUCUUGAAAGAGAAGAUCAAGACUGCACGGCUGGCCCUAACAGAUGUCACACCUACAGAACUAUUAACCGAAGAAGCAACAGAUGAAGAUUCAUGGCCACCAGACACUCAUACCAUGGGAUUGAUAUCACGUUCGGCUUUUGAAGUCGAUGAUUAUUGGAGGAUUGUCGAUAUUCUUCACAAAAGGUUGUGGAAGUUUGAUGAAGAGAAUUGGAGAGGAUCCUAUAAGGCUCUUGUGGUAUUGGAGCACUUGCUCACCCAUGGUCCACAAAGAGUCUCAGAAGAAUUCCAAUGUGAUAAAGAGGUUAUCAAGGAGAUGGGUAUUUUCCAUCAUGUUGAUGAAAAUAGAUUCAAUUGGGGAUUGAGAGUAAGAGAGAAAUCGGAACGAAUUUUGAAGUUGCUUGACGAAGACCGAUCUUUUUUGAAACAAGAGAGGUCUAGGGCUCGUAAGCUCACGAGUGGGAUCAAAGGUUUUGGUAGUUUUACUCAAAAAAACGUUGGAAGAAGAUUAACGGAAUCAAGAUCCCUAACAUGUUUCAAAUCUGAUUACAACGAUGACCAUCAAGAUGAAGACGAAGAAGACGAUAAUCUGGACUACACAGAUCAUCCUUUUCGAGUCGAUGGGCAUCAGGAUACGGACCCAUUGACGUGAAGGACAAAAGAAACGACGGUAAUCAUCUAGACAAAUAGAAAUCCUGCAUAUUUAGCAUACUCUAGUAAAUUAUACCAAUGAAACAGUAAAGAUACACACUUCUAAGAUAUUUUACUAUUUAUCCCCCAGUAUUAGACUAGCGGGUAAAG